GCACUAAACAUACUUUUUAAGGCUUCUUUACCGAUUGAGAAACGUAUCGAAAAAUACAAAUUUUGAUUUUAGUCAUAAUCUGAUGUGGUAUAUUAUACGCACUAGUUUUGAGCGCAUGUUACGUAACAAACCAAAAAUCUCAUUUAAAUAUUUGGGAACAAUGCUAUACCAAGGCAGCAUUCACUACCCUGUGGGUAAACUAGAAUUAUGCAAUAUGCAUACAUGAAGUACUUUCCACAAAACAGCAAAGUGAGCAAACUUCCUUUCUGACACGGAACCAUAGACGGAACGAUGAAAAUUUGUUAAUUUAAUUGCAGUUCUUGCUUCUAUUAAAAGCGUAUUAAUGGAUUAUAUAACUAACCUUCCGGUAGAAGUGGUUCUUCUCUUACUUAAAAGACUCAGUUGCCAUGAUUUAUGCACUUUGGCGCGUACUUGCACUUUUUUUCGUAGAAUUUGCAACAUGGAUGACACAUGGCAAUAUUGCUGCCGAAAAGGUUCGCAGAAAUCGAUUGCAGUUUUCAUGUUUCUUGUAGUAUUCAUUGUGUUUACUACGUUUUCUAGAUUAUGGCAUCGACAGCAUUGAUAAAUGGGCCGUAGAUAGCUUCAUGGAAUUAUAUAAGACCGGUAGGAAAGCAUGGUAUUAAUUAUUGUAUUGUUCCUGAAGUUUUUAUAAAUUUUAUAGAAAUUCAACAAUUCGUUCCUACUGUUAAGUGUUAACUCUCAUGCUGUAAUAGAGUUCUCCACUUGACAACUACAAUUGUCUUGCCAAAGUCUGCAUCAUAGCUGCCGAGGAACCUAUAUCUGAGCCCCCCCCAAUGUAUACAGCUAAUUCAAAAAAGGUUGUCUAUUGCAAACCUUAAACUCUAAAGUUUAACCCUUUAAGUGGCAAUUCACCCAGAUGUGCCUUAGUUACUUUGUACUUUGUUACGAUCUGUCUAACGCCAGACAAUCUUAUCGUCAGGGGGACAGUGUUGCCACUCAAUGGGUUAAGGUUUAGAGUUUAACAUUUGGAAAGGACAACCGUUUUUGAAUUGGCUGUAAAUGUAUGGGGAAGGGCUAUACAGUAUUAAAGAGUCAUUGUCAACCACAAUGCAUUGUGCACCUAAACCUGCUUGGCGGCCAUUUUAAUGGCGCAAUAUAUCUUUCGGUUUUCAGUCCAUAAUAUAUUACUACCAUCCUAUGGUUAUACUUGCUCAUUUUAACUUUUUUUUACUAAAAUUGCUGCUAUUUGUCGCUUCCGAAGGUAAGAUGUAAACAAAUGUAUUGUGGUUGACAAUGACUCUUUAAUCGUAGAAGGGUUUUGCAGAUGGAAAUUUUAGUUGUGAAAAAAUGCAACUAUAGACCAUCUGGCAAGAUUUGAGCCUGCAGCCUUGUGAUUCCGAUAAACGCUCUAACCAAUUAAGCUACAUCUACAGAUCGUGGCCAGUUGUCUUUUAAUACUGUAAAUGUAUAAAAUUCACAGUCAAAAUUGCUGCCUACAAAACUAUUCUAAAACUAGCAAUGCAUUCAUUGAACAAUCCCUCGCCUAUAUUUUGUAAACAUUGAUUUAACAUAUGAAGUAUUAGUAAUUGGCCAUCAAUGAAUGCAGGCUCAGACACAUUUGUCAAGCUCUAACUACAAGUGUGUAUAAAUAUUAAGGUACUGUACCGGUAAUCUUGAUUGUCAUGAUAAUAAUAUACUUUAACAGUAUAUGUCUGUUAGUCAGCAUUUCCUAUCACAGAUCUUGAGUUCUCUCCUAAUGCCAGGUGAUUUACUCAUCACAGUAAAAUCGUCUAACCAGGGGCUGCAGAAACGGGGGAGGGGGCAAUGGGGGCAUGUGCCCCCCCCCCCACUUUUUUAAAAGUGAAAAAAGUGCCGUUUUUUCUGGGCUAAAGUGCCACAUUUUAAGAAAAGGAAAAGUAUUUAUUGAAUGAACGCCCUCUUUUGUUGGAAAGAAAGUGCCAUUUUUGCAGUACCGAUUGUAAAGACUUCGUAAAGGCCAUAAAUGUUCGACGUUAUACAGACAUAUUUUCAAAAAUUUUCGUUCAGCUUGUGAACAACAUAAAAUCGUUUGGUUUUGGUCAUGCAUAUACAAAAGUGCACCUUUUGGCCGAUGCCCCUCCACUUUUGAAAUGCUUCUGCAACCUCUGCGUCUGACAUGUAUGCCCGUUUAGCCAGGUGAAUUUUGCUGAGAUUUUUGUUUUAUUUUAUUGUUUAGACUACUUAUCAAGAGUAGAUAUGGAUCACAGCUUACAUCCUUGACCAUGCAUUUCUUGACUUAACAGUUAUUUUUGCCAUAUGUACAGUAAACUGCCAACAAAAUUCACAGCAAAAAUCGCCUGUAUUAACAGUGUAAAAUACUGAAUAUGCAAUGGUAUAUUAUGCAGCAACACAAAUUGUGAUGCAACAAAAAACAUAAAUUGUAUUAUAUAUUUUCUCCCUUUUAGUUCUUUUUAAGUUUGGUCACUUAAUUGGAAAAUGGUCGAUAGUUAGUAUGUAUCCAUAUGGUGGACUUUUGUCUGUGGAGGUGUGAUGAAAUAUGUUUAAUAUAUUUCCUACAGUAUGGAUGUCAUGUUUGGAGGAAAAUAAUAGCUAAUGAAGUAGGAGUCUUCAAAACAAGUGAAUGACCUAAAAAGCAUGUACUGUACAUAUACAGUAUGACACACAUCUAAUGAUGAUGAUGAUGCAGGGCUCCCAAUAGAAUUUGGAAUAGAGGUGAUUUUGAAAUGGCAUUUCCUGCCCAAAUGUUUAAAAAAGAAAAUUGAAUGUCCAAAAAUUAUGUUAGAAAAACAAGAAACCUUUUCCUUGACAUUUCUCUGGUAUGGAGGAAAUAUUUUGGUUUGUAAUUUUCGAGAAAUAACCUGCAGUCAUCUGGUCUAUAGACUGCGAAAAUCACCAGGUGCCAGCUUCUAUUGGGAACCCUUAUGAUGCUGAUUAAGUGUUAGUGAUUAUGGUUGAUCAUAUAAUGAUGUUGAUGAUGAUGAUUAAUGAGGAUGAGGAUAAUCAUGAUAAUAGUUAUGGUGAUGAUGAUAUUGAUGAUGAUGAUGAUGAUGAUGAUGAUGAUGAUGAUGAUGAUGAUGAUGAUGAUGAUGAUGAUGAUGAUGAUGAUGAUGAUGAUGAUGAUGAUGAUGAUGAUGAUGAUGAUGAUGACGAUGAGAUGUAUAAUAUUUUGCUUCUUAAUUUGUUGUCCAACAAAAAUACUGAUAAUCUAUUUUUUUACUGUACCUUACAAAAUGACAAAUACCUUUUCUCAUUCCAGGUCGACCAAGGAAGAUUUGUUUGUUAUCAGUGCCAUGCACCAAUAGAUAAUUGUAUCACUAAUCCAUUCAUAAAGAAGGAGUUGUUCGAAGUCAUAGUUGAAAACAAGAAAUGUGUGAGAAAUUGUUUGUCAGGAACAUCUGUGCAUCCUCUGGAGAAGUUAAUCUAUUUGGUAAGUAAAGUACCAAAGAAUCUUAUAGCAUGUGGAAUUGUAAUUGAAGUCAAAAUGUUCGAAAAUAGAAAGGCAUUCGCAAGUAUGGUAAUAAAAUUUAUAUAAUAACUACAGUGAAACACGCAAUUUGAUUGGUCAAUAGCCGUGCAUGAUGAGGCUAUCCUACACGAGGAAUUAAAAUGCCUUCGCGGGAUUCUCAAAAUCUCAUUGUUUCACUGUAGUUAUUUUAUAAAACAAUUACCAAAUGGUUUUCCAAGCAGGAUAGCGUGAUCCAUGCACUUGGGAUGUUUCUCGACUUUCGGAAAGCGUAAAAAUACACUCGCUUGCGGUUCGAGUAUUUUUACGCUUUCCGAAAGUCUCGCGACAUCCCUCGUGCGCAUGGAUCACGCAAUCUUGCACGGAAAACAAUUCGGUAUUCCUUUACCAUCUAUUUUCUUAACAUUGCUCAUUGUUUUCAAUGCUGGUAUUAUUGUCUGUACAGUACAUGUACCUUAUUAUAGGAAAUUAAUGAUGCACUUUAUUAACGCGGAUUUUAAAAAUUCGCGUUAAUUUAAUUAAUGUUAAUUUGUAUUAUCGUUAAUUUCAUGCAUGCAAAUUUUCGUUAGCUAUCGUUAAUUAAAAAUACCUUGAUUUGUUUUAUAUGUAUAUGUAAUAGCAUGCAUGUUUCUAGUGCAAUUUGGAUAUAACAUGCACGAGUGAGUUUUUCAAAGACCUCAACAUAGCUGGAGUCCGAAGGACGAGUGCUAUUUGAGGUCUUUGAAAAACCUACGAGUGCAUGUUUAUCCAAAUUUCACGAGAAACCAUGCUAUUAUACCUAUUAAUAAUUUACAUAAAAAUGUUCGAGACAAUUGUAGUUUUAACUUACGCGUUUAUAGCGACCAUUCCACUGGCAAAGUUUUCCUGGCUUUGUUAUCUCAUAUUAUACAACGCUAACAGCUUGAAAAUUCCACUCAACUAUGUAAUUUUUGUUAGUCUUGUUUAAGGUAAAUGCUUUUGCAUUUAAAAAUAAAGAUAAAAGCCAUGAUAUUUUCCACGCGAAGGCAACUUUAACUUUGUGUCACGCGGUGCCAUGUUUGUUUUGUUUUGAAGCAAUCUGUGACCGUUACUUCUUUAAACUAAAUUGCUUUAAACUGAUUGGUUGAUUUAAUCAUCACAAUGUUUUUCCAUCAAUCAGAUCAGUUUGUUACAGAUUUUUGCACUGUAAUUACAGAAAAUUGCACUGUGAUUACAAAAAAUUGCGCUGUGAUUACAGAAAAUUGCACUGCUGUUUGAGAUUAACUGCACUGAAAUGAGCCAAUCACAGCCGAGUGAUAUCUUUAUGUAUAUUAUUAAACACGAAAUACUCAAAAUACAUCAUAUUAAACUAAUUCAAAGCAAAAACAUCAGUCCACCUCUUCACUAGCCUUGCUCCAAGUCUCUCUUUCAUUGUCGUAUGGUAUCGAUCCACCAUAGAGUACAUUACAUGUGUAAUGUACACCAUAGUGGAUCGAUACUAAAUGACGAGAGAGACUUGGGAGCAAGUCUACCUCAUUCUUCACUGUCAGAAUCUUAAGCUGAACUAUAUAUUUUAUAUACGUUGGCUUAAAUGAAUGUAACUUUCCACGUUACAGUUUUGAUAUAUCUACUCGCGUACUGUUUUAAUUGGUAGUAUAUAAUAUUCAAACUCUCAUUAAUAAUUCAUAAGCUUAUUGGCAAAUCAUGUCCUCCAUAAUAUGUCACUUGCAGUGGCUUUAAAUUUGAUAAAACACUCCUAAUUAGUAUUCUUUAUAUAAAGAAUACUAAUAAGGCAGUAUUUAUUGUAGUCGUGUCCUCAUUAGUAUUCUUUAUAUAAAGAAUACUAAUAAGGCAAUAAAUCUAUUGAAUUUGUAGUCGUGUUUGAAGUCGUUUAAUAAACUCGCAGGUCGUCGUGUUUUAUUAGGUCUAAAGCCACUCGCGCCGCGCGCUUGUGACUUUCAACCUAAUAAAACACUCAUGCAUGCCCGUUUAUUAAACAGUACUUAAACGUUUGCUGUUGUGUUUAUAUUCUUCGACUCGCGUAACUAGUUAAAUUAACUUGUUAACCAUAAACUGUCCUAUUCGCGUUACAAGACAUCGCCGCCAUCUUGGGAAAAUGACCUUCGAAGGUCAAUGAACUUUGUGACGUCAUUAGAUGGGUAGCACCAAAACUACAAGAGGGAAUUCUAUUGCGUUCGUGUUAUCUUAGCUAAAAAUAUGUCGCUUUGAGCGUUAUACUAGCCAAUACUCUUCGCAAUCAAACAAGAGAAGUCUACACUAUCAGAUAAAAGCAUAUCGAGCGACUGGGAAAGCAAGGAAUGGCUCAAUUUACAAUAUAGGUAAUUGAUCAUAAAAUAUUGCAUUAGUGUUUGCCUUGUUACACUCGAAUUUCUGCGUUUAUUGAACACGGAUUAGGAUAUACAGGGUGUAUCAAAAAAAGCGCAAUCCUCGACUGAAAUGUAAAUUACUAAACAAAUAAUAGACGAAAACGUUAAAGUUUACAUUCAUUUUAAAGCGUAGCCAUUCAGCCUUCUAACAGUGGGUUGUUUCUUAAAUUUGACUCAUUGGUUCGCGGGUAAUAAUACUUUACGUUAUUGCGAUUGGAGAUUAAAAAAAUUGAGAUAGAAUAACAAAUCGUUCUCAUAAAAAUAACUGAUUUUUUCAUUAAAACAAAAAAAUGUUGCAUUUUAUUAAAUGAAUUGUAACAAUAAGUAUAAUUACGGCUUUUCUUCCACUAUUUUUAACUCAGUUUGAAACUUCAAAUGCGAUAUAAUUUUGGCUUGGACCAUCUAAGCUGACUGACAGCUAUAAUUUCUGUUUACAUUACAUCGCAAUUCGAUGACACUCUGGCUCAGACACCAGAAUGUUUUGACGAUUCUUAGCAUUCGUUUAGGAUUUUCAAACAAACUGGUUUCUUUUAAAAUACUUUUAAUUUGUUCUUACGUGGUUUUCCAGAUGUAGUGACGACAACAUUAAAGUUUAAAGAAGAAUAUUCUAACAUUUAAACCAACUAAACAAUAACAUAGUAAACUUGCAUAAUUAAACAGCAACUAAAAAUGAUAGGUUUUACUAAAUCUUUUCCUGUGCAAUUAUUACUAGCAUUGGAGACAAGGAUAAUAGUUUGUUUGAAAGAGAAAAGAACAGGCUUUGAAGUAAGCCUAAAAGCGUUUAACUAGAAAUAGUAUUUCGAAAGUUAUUAAGAGGAGAUUUUUUAAAAAGUCGCGUAUUUUUUCCGAAAAGCGAUCAAAGCUUAGCGGCCAGGCCUUCGCGAAAAAAUAAUGCGCCGCCAUCUUGGUUUUAAAAGUUUCCCAAAAUUUGCGAAGACAAAUAACAGAAUUUUACUAAAUUUUUGUCUAUGUUACGAGCCAAAACAUUGCCAAAUAUAAAGACAGAUGACAUGGUAAGUGUAAUGUCGUAUUUAAUAACUGUUAUUUGAAUUAUUAUUAUAUAAAAUGUGCACAUGUAUCUGACUCAGGAGUGAGCACUGAGCAUUCAAACCCGUCAUCUAUAAUAAUAUUAAUAUAAAAGUUAUAAAACUGAUUGAAAGUGACUGCUUUCGUUCUUUGAAUGAUGGCCUGCCUGUUCACAACUCAUUAAUAUAUGUACAUGCAAAAUUGUAAAGCACUCUGUUUGAAUUUUCAAGGAAGAAUUUGUCAAUUUGAGUAUUUGUAAACAGUUUUUCGCCUCUGGUACUUUUGCAUAUUUCCACAUUAAAGACAUUUCACUGCAAGUGCACAUAGUCCAUGUAUCUGUAAUUUUAAACUUCAUACUGUUUUGUACACAUGCAGCUGUUGCAGUGUUUCAGGUAUACCAUGCUAGUCACUACAAGUUCCCUUUCUGAUAUAAAGAGUCGUGAUGUACUGGUACCGUAAACUUACGACUAUAAGCCGCCCCCCGAAUAUAAGCCCCCCCCCAUGUAUAAGCCCAUCACAUGUACUAAAGCUCACCUCAUCCCAAAUAUAAGCCCACCCUGAAUAUAAGCCCCCCCCCGAAUAUAAGUCCCCCAAAUUGAUAUAAGCCCAGUAAUUGCUGCUUAAUACAUUUUUAAUUUCCUGUUUAUGACUGACUUGUAUAUGUUUGGCUUGUUUAUUACUAACACUAACACAAAAGAUCAUCCAUGUAUAAGCCCCCCCCCCUUGUAUAAGCCCAUCAAAAAUCGCUUAUGAAAGUAUUUAAAUUAAGCCAGGUUUUAUAGUCGGAGGUUUACAGUAUAUGUAUACAGUAUAUUAAAGUAAUUGGAAACCAAAAUUUCAUGGGAUAUAGGUAACAAUUGCAAGUGGAAUUAAUAGUUGAAACAACCUACUUUCCCUCAUGCAUAUAACUUGAUGUGGUAUGAGGGUCGCUAAGCCCGGGCUGGUCUAACCUGAGAUUGGGCUGUAUUAUACGGAUAAUAACCUGACACAAAUAUUAAUCCAAUCACUUUCCACCCACAACAAAGUUUAUAUUUAGUAUCCAAUCAAAAUGUCACAGGAGAAAUUAAAAUUUCGCACAACGACAACAACAAUCUGAUUAUAGUUGUGAUCACUAUAAAAUAUAUCAACAACAACAGUAUAAUCUAAUUAACACCAACCAAUCAAAUGACAGAUUGAAAAAUCUUUUGUCUCGUAGACCAACCAGAUUUACAACUGAAAUACGGUUGUAAGGCAUGGACUUUUGUUUAGGUUUGUUUCAGGCCUAUUUAUUUAUUUAUAGGCCUGAUGGCAGGUUAGGGCCUGACCAACAACUGAGGUAGGAUGCAUCAUCACUAUGGACCCCAGACAGGCAUGUCAAUUUUUGGAAAUCAAAGUUGUCUAUAAAGUCAUAAAGACCCAAUACUUUAUUUCACAAAGAACCGCCUCCCCCAAUACCCCCAAGUAAAUCCAUCCCACUGCUACACAAAAGAAUACUUCUUUCCCUCUAAGUUAACAAUGAAAGUAUAUUUUUUACAGAUCUCUGCGAUAUUACUUUUACAACCUUGAAGAUAUGAUUAUGAUGACAAAUGUUGGUACAUUGCAGAGUAUUUUGUACAUCCUAUAAACUUUUUGUAAUAUCCACACAAUAGAUAAAUUUGUAUCAUAAUUAAAUUUGUAUCACAAUCUGUAAUUUAAUAAAUAUUCAUUUCAUCUUGUUUCGUUUCAUGUUUUCUUAAUAGCCUGCAAGAAAAGAUCUUCUUAGAAAAUCUGAUAUUUUUUGAAAAUUUAUUACAAUGUGUAUACAUGAUCUAAUUGGUUCCUGCCCAUGCCCACCCACCUAUGUUUUUUUCCAAUGAAAUUAAUAAGAGCAGUAUUUUGAAAGAGGUUCAAACAUGGGAGAUUUUCCUGCAAAAGCUGGGUUUGCCUGAUAAGAGAGAUAUCACUAUGUAUAGCACAGGCCUUUUUUAAGUACUAUCACUAUUUGAAUUGCUCAAACCUGAUGCUGAGUAAAAUCAUCUGGCAUUAGACAGAGUAAAAUACUAAAGUAAGGCACAAUGGGGUGCAUUGCCACUUAAAGGGUUAAUGAAAUCAAAUCAACUCAGUAUAUGGUGUUAAGCCUCCAUAACUGAAAGCAAUAGACCCUUCCAAGGUUGACAAUGCCAUAAUGAAACAAUAGUACAAGGGGUGCAAACACAAUGGAAUUCCCUAUAGGGGAGGUGGUACAAACACAAUGGUGAAAACAAUAUAUUCAAGAUGGCAUCCUUAACCUUGGAAGGGCCUAUUCUCAGAAAAAAACUAUUUUUACUUCAUCCUGAGGUAAGCAAAGGUAAUUUUGAUCUAAGACAAGAGAGGUGACAGCUUUCCUAUAUGAAACUUUCUGACAUAUAAACAAAACAAAUUCAUCCCACUUACUGGUUUUGCUAGUUCCACAUAAUGCUAGCUCUGCAGCUUAAUGGGUUAAUUAUGUUACCAUUGCAAUGAUCCUGAAGAAAUUGAUAAAAAAAGGACAAUUUUUAGGAAAAUUAUUUGUCUGCUUACGACAAGGACUGAUGUACAUGUAUGUGCUAGGAACACUAAGGGCUAAUGAAAAGUGCUCUAAUGUUAGCAAAAGCAGGGAAAGAAAAAAAUACAAAAUAUCAUCUUGUUAGAAAAUAAUUAGCAAAUGAAUUCACAUUACCAUAGCAACCACAUGUGACAUAUAGUGUACAAAUCCAUUAAGGGGCUGUUUACGUGAGCCUGGCUAGCCCAAUCAACAGGGCUGAAACUUUAUCAAGCCAAAUAUGGCGGGGGGAAAUUUGUCACACAAGCCAAAUGCAUGUUAAGAACAACUUAAGAAAUAACUAUUUGUCCAAAAAAUACUAAUUCAAAUCGAUAUUGUAGCUUGUACAGAAGUUUUUUCGCUAGCCUGGCUACCCGGGCUGGUGACUUUACAUGGGAAAAUUUCAGCCCGGUUAGCCGGGCACCCCGUUUGACUCGAGUGAGAUCUCGGCUAGGCGGGCUAGACAUAUAAACUAAAAUUGUUUUGUUAAAGAAUUUGUAAUAAGCCGGGCGCCUCAGUUAACCGGGCCAGCCCGGCUACAAGCGGCUACCCAGGCUCAUGUAAACAGCCCCUAAAUGCUAAAAUACACUUUAGAAAAGUUUUGAUAUCCAUAGUGAUUUAUAAUCAUGAAGAAUACUGCAUUUUCAGCACAUAUUUCCUUACAGCUUGCAAAACAUCAUAGAGCCACCUUAAUUAAAUGCAAUAAAACUCGAAAAGAAAAGCCGAUGAAAAUGGCUAAAUUCUGCGAGGACCAUGCACCUAAAAUUUUCCCAAACCAUAUUAACUUUGAAGUGUAAUACAUAAACUUCAAGCGUAGAUACACCUUGCGGUGUGCCAAUCAAUAUUAAGCAUUAUUUUUGCAAUUUUGUAAAGCCUUCAGUCAUUCUUUUGCCCACUUGGCAGAAAAUCAACAUUUUCAUGAUCAAAAAAUUUCAUAAUUUUUUUUUCAGAGUUUUCUUCUAGAUUUUGGCCAGCAUUAUAAUGGUACUUGAUUACAAAGCUACAUAGUUAGGAAACCUAUUAAUGUUUAACCAUUAGGUAGAGUAUUUUAAAACAAUCAAAACAAAAGCCAUCUAUUUUAGCAAAAAGUGAGGAAAAUGGGAAACUAAAACAUUUACUUUUAAAAAUUGUGCGAGGACCAUUCACCUAAAAUUUCUUCAAACAGGCACUGUUUUUAUCCUCAAAGACUGUACUACAAUGUACUAUAAGUCCCACAGUGCGCCAAUUGGUUUAAACGUAAAAAUAUCUAAAAUAUCCAAGGUGAAUCGAUUUUGUAAGUUGGCGCGAAAAAUGACAUACAAUAAUAAUGUUUGCAGAAGGAAAAUGGACGUUUAUCAACACAGUACGCUUCAAUACAUGCAUAAAUUGAGAUUUAUUUGGGCAUACGAUAACACUCUUUCACAUGCAAUAAUUUUUUGGGGAAAUCAACAUAAAUUUCAAGGUGUAUUUGCAGGAUAAUUUGUGGGAGCGAACGACAAUGGGGCUUUUAAAGUCGAAGAAAGGUCGCUCACUUCAAAAGGCAAAAUACAAAUAUCUGAGGCCAAGAUCAAAUCGAUGCAGAAAAGACACAAAGUUUAGGCAUAUAUGUUGCUAUUGACGGAAUUAUUUUUAAGAUCUAGCCACAUAAAAACAGAACUGAAGCAGUUAAAAUAUUCGUACCUUCUUGGCUUCUGCAUUCGAAGUAUACACCUCCAGAGUUCGAAGCACGUUGUUGUUGUUUAAAACGCCGUGGAGAUGUUUUAUUAACUUCCAGUACAGGAAAAUAUGCUGAAUAUACCAUUUCAUGUCUUAGAUGUAACAUCGAGAGAGUUUUCAUGAGAUCAAUAAGCAAAAUUUAAACACGUUCACUCCUUUGCCGCCAUGUUCCAAAAAACAACAAAAUUUACUAUUUUUUCGCAAAGCAUCACGGUAUUUUUGAUCGCGAGUUUCUCAAUUUUUAAAAAAAUCUCCUCUUAAGCACAAAAGAUGAAUUGCGUUUAUUUUGAUACACCCUGUAUACUAUGAGAAAUAGUGUUACAAAUAAGGUACAUACUUGGUAAAACGUUUCUGCCUUUAGUUUUGGCUCAAAAUGCACUACAGUAGGCGGGGUAAUACUCGGUAUUGUUUUAUAGUCAUGAAAUUGUGUUUACCCAGCUAAUGACUGCCUCGUCCCCAGUCGCUUGCUAUCAAAUAAUUAAUUAGUAAAAGACGAAAAAAAAUUAAUGGGGGCGCGCGGGACGAUGGGAAGGGGAGGAGUUGCGGAGCGACUGGCAAAUCCUGCAUUCAAGAUGGCGACCGCUGCAAUUGUGGACGAAGGAUUGUCGUCCGGUUCAUAUUUGCAUUUCCGACUUUGGAGUGGGGAAGAUUAAAAUAUCUCGGCAAGUAUUUGCUCGCCCUUUAAAACGAAAACCACCAUUGAAAUCCUCAUAAAAUAACCUUUCGAACGGGGGGUCAAAUGCCGUCAUAACAGGACACAAACCAAAACGAUCGUAUAUAAAUAUUUACUUGCCGCUUGGCCAAACAUUCUUAUUUCAUAUCGAGAAAAACUUGAAUAUCUUCUAAACUCUUCAGAAUUCGCCCAAGUUAAUAGCAGUAAAAUAUUCCUUGUAUUCAAGCGAUUUUAUGUAGAGAGUUUCGUUUCAAUACGACGAGCAGAAAUAUUUAUUUUGAAUUUUUCAAAAUAUCAGGUUUCUACUCGCACGCGCGUGCCACCGGCUGAAAUUUAGAUAUUUUUGAAUACUGAAAUAAAAGAUACAAAUCUGCAGAUACAAGCUGGAAAAUAACACUCUAAAUAGUGUGUUGGAUUGUGAUUCGAACAAGACUAAUACGAAAAAGAUACGUUGAAAGGAGCCGAAGUUAUAUUCGGCGAAAGGUAUGGCUUAGUGAUACAUGGCCAUACAUUGUUUACAUUGUUCAAGGUAUAUUGUAUAUAGGUAUGGUAUGGCUAGUUUACGUUGUUCGAGUAUCGCUAGUUUAUAUUUUAUGGCUAUCUACAGUGUUCGAGCAUAUAGUUUCUUUCAAGCGGAAUUUUUUGGUGGUAUUUUGAAUUCGUAUUUCAUCGUAUUUCUCAGCAUUUAGCCCAUUUGCAGAUUUUCGAGUAAAUUCGCAGAUUUUCGAGUCACGAUUUGGCAGGCCCUUAUUUUAAUUUUUUUCGUCUUCCCAGCAUGCAUCACAACAGAUUUGUUCAGCCACUGAUCUAUAUAUUAAACUGAUAUGUCUAUAUAUACACUGAUCUACAAAUAGUAAGGGCCUGCGGAGGAGGCAGAGCUAAUGACGUCAGAUAGUAUGCUGUGGCAUAAAUGUUUAUUUUCAAAAUGGCGGCCGACUGUUGAACUCUUUAUUACAUUUUCUCAACAACUAAAUGCCACAAACCGGCCAAAAUAUAAAAUUAAGUAUUCCGUAAGUAUACCUAAUAGAUAUAAGCAAUAAAAAUUUUGUUUGCCAAUGUCCUUUAAUUUAAUCAGUUUUAGAAGUACUUGAAAGCAAUUCGCGUUAAUUAGAUGACACGUUAAUUUAUGUCUCGUUAAUAAAGUGCAUCGUUAAUUUCCUAUAAUAAGGUCAAUAAUUUCCAAUAUAAGUAAGGUUUCCUAUAAAUGGGGCCACUUUUUAAUGUCCACCCCCUGUAUAUUACAGUAUAUGAUUGGUGUUAUAAUUAUUUCUCUUUAGGAUGGUCAACUUCCAAGAUUUAGUUUCGAGUGUGUACAGCGUACUUACCAUCCCAAAUUCAGUGAAGUGAGUGAACGGAAUAAAAUAGUAGAUUAUAUAAUUCGCACUUGAUCUCAUCACCGGGUCCCCAAAAUGGCCUUAUGAAUCAACUAUUUUGAAUCUGUGAUUUAUCUCAACUGGGAGCUCAAGUACUAAACAGAAUAUUGUACAUACUUUUCGGAAAUCCGUACAACUAUUGCAGUAUUUCCCACCUUAACACAGAGAAUGUUGUGCUGCAAAUUCGCUUGCCCUUAUAAAUCCGACAUUUUAUGGCGACAACGUUUUGACUGACGUGAUAUACGUAUAGGAGACCGCAUUUUAUAUCUACUGUACUAUAAUUAUGAUGAAGCCCCAAACUGGAUAUUAUAGCUCAUGGCUAAGGUUAUGUUAAUGUGUUUAACAACAGAAAUUAAAAUGUUAAUGGAUUAACAACAGAAAGGUGCCUCUAUACGUCUAGAAUUGGCAGAUACUUUAACAUCUCUUUACUGUAAGUGUGGCAUUUUGCUCUGCCAACAAUGUCAAUGUGCACACUUUAAUUUCAGAUUUCUUGUUACGAGUACUGCUUAUGGUUUUUGCUUAUUCAAACAGCAACAUUUUUCUGUUGAGUUUAUAAGUUAAGAUACGAUUAGCUGAAUAAAUUCUGAGAGAACGAAUUGAAUAAAGAGAGAAACAACAACAACUACUAUACAGUUCAGUAGUAACAAGUGUUUUUGUUGCAUUUGCAGGUUAAUUCUGAAGAAUAUCAACAAUCGGACGAAGAAGAAUCUUCUGUCUUCGAUCAAGAGCAAAUUUCUGAAAAGUACGAUGCCUACACUGAACUAAAUGGGUUAAAGCUACACACUCAGUAUUAUCAUGAAGCAAUAUUAAGUACAAGCCUGCUACCCAAAAACAUGCUCAAAAAAUGCACGAGGCAAAACAAGUCACAACAAAUAAAAAUGAAAUCGACUUGGCACAGUGAUUCUUAGCCUGCAUAGCCUGUAUAACAGGCGUUUAGUGCGGGCAGGAGAAGAGACGGCGGCGUCGAGGAAACGCCUGCCCAAUGGCUAUGACUAAUGUUUUUUCGCCAAUUAAGGGUGAUUGGCGUUUGAUAAUUAGCACCUUCACCGGUUCACCCAUUAUCCAACUAUAUAUAGUCGAGAUUUAUAUUUAGCACCAUGCAUGUUUUUUUGCUCGGCAACUGGGGCGAUUUUAUGCUAUCUUAGACAACACAGAGCCGUUUUAUUCUUUAAAAGGCUCCUGAACCACGGUUGUUUAACGUAUUCUGUCGUAACAAAUAACAGUUGAGCAUGUUUUGAAGUGUUAUUCUUAAAAUCAUCGUCCAACUUAAUAGCUGUAAUGCCAAUUGAUGUAGCCUCAGUUAUCUGGUCUUGAAUUAUUCUUUCAAGAGGACAAAUAACAAGACAAUUAUAAGAAAUAUUAAUUUGAUCCGUACUCGUGCUGGCAUGUGGCAAGCUUUGAUUUGACGAUGUACAUGUAUAAUUGCAAGAUCAAACUUUUUCCGUAUUCCGUAGCGUAGGAAGAAUCGCAAUAACGUCUUCACCACGUAGCAAAUUAAUAAUAGACUUUCUCUGUUCUGGUUUCAACUGAAUUUUGAAGCCUAAACGACUGGCUUGAAAUAUCAGAAGGAGCCAUAUUUUUUUAUGAGAAUAUAAAAAUAUACGCGGGCAAAAUUAUUUUUGACAUUUGAGUUAGUAUAAUUACUUCUGUCAACGAGAUUGACCAAUGGGAAUUAAGCCGAAGUUUUUCGGUCAAAAACACAUUUGUCAUACUGUAGCCAUUUGGGCAGGCAUUUUCUCGACGACGCCCUCUCUUCUCACGCCCGCACCAAACGCCUGGUACGCAGGCUUAUGCCUGCAAAGACAGGCGGUGGGUGGGAAGAAACAGGCUAAAUGACUCCUAAUUGCAUGUUGUAGUUGUUUUUAAAAAAUCUAAACUGGUUGCUUUUAGGAAUGUAGAGUGUGAAAGGUUGCAGUGGCCAGACCCUGUCAGCACAGAAUCACUCAUGCCAACACCAGGACUCUAUAAGGUAUUAAUGUUUAGCUGAGACUGAACAACUAAUAUGAAUUCACACAGUACACUCUUAAUCUUAGUCUUUAACGAGAUGAUAAAUUAAUUAUUUAUUAAAUACAACUCAGAUAACAUUUUCCUAAUUUGUUUCAUCAUUCACAACAAAAUGUGGAUAAAGGGAGUGUUGGAAAAGUUUUGAUUUACAGCAUUACAAUUUUUUGUAGCAUUUCACUUGUUUUGCCCAUUGAUAAUUUCUGUAGGGCACAUACGGUAGUCAUGGUGUUGAAAUUAUAAUGGUUCACAUCUCAUCGGAUCAGAUAAUUGGCACAAAAAUUACUGUAAGUAUUUGUUGUUGCUGGUGUAGAGAUAUUCACGAAACUAGUUAACAAUUAGGUUAGGGCUUUGAAAUUUCCAUGGGCUCAUCUGCUAUUCAUUUAUUCCUUUUGAAUUCUUUCACCAAAACAAGGAAUACCCACUAGAUGAAAACGUUUUUGCUACUAGUGGGCUAUCAUUAAUACUGUAAUUAGGGAGUAGAAGGCAUGAAUAGUUUGUAAUAGAUGACUAUGCGGUUGAUACUCUACUCCACUCCAUGUCAUUCGACACCUAUUCCCUUCCAUUCUUUUCCCUUCCCUUCUCUUCUGUUGCCUUUUAUCCCUUGCGUUACCUUCUCUUCGCUUCACUUCCCUUCCCUUCCAAAUUUAGCAAAGUUUGACAUAUCAUAUUUUUCUUUUACAGGGAGAUCCUAAUAUUCCGGCCACAAAAAUAACUUUUAAAGCCAACAUAAGCCAGGUGGUAACCCACAGUGAGAUAAAUGAGUUAUACUCCUCCCCCCUGGAAGAAAAUCAGAAUGAAGUUGCUGUUACUGAAUUUCGACUCCCAGAUGGGUAUGAUUCCGAAUACGAUGCUUUUCCAAAUGAAGUCAGAACAAGGUAUAAUGUAAAUACUGUCUAAAAGUUAGCCAGACUGCAAAACAAUAUACUGUAUACGCC